AAAAAUGUUCAGCCCACCGUUUUCUCCACUUUUUCGAAGGAGAUCUGUUACAGUAUUCUUCGACGAUCUUCUUAGCGAAUCGGAAAGACAAAGCGGCGAUAAUAUUACAAAUAACGAGCUUUUGCCGGUGGGUUACGAGCGAGAUCGGCGACCAAGUUUACGAAACAACUGGAACUCCAACUUACAAGUUGUUCCGGGUAUUAGCAUUUUAGAUGAGACUGCAGAAAGUGUGUUCAUCAAUGAUAACGAAUCUCAGUGCUCAAAAAUGUCGAAUACAAAUGCUUACUGGGAUAACUACAUCCCAAGAAGCCCUUUCUUGACAAGGACAUCAAUUUCUGAAUUGGACGGUAUCGGGGUUUUGUCGCCUCUUUAUUCUGUUUCAACGCCUAGUAAUUUUCAUUUCACGAAAAGCCCCUCGAUUUUCGAGAUUUGCAGUGCGUCUCGACGGAAAUCAUCCGAAGACUUAUCGAUCUAUCUUCCGGAUCAUUUUACCCCUUUGACACUGGAAGGACUAGAAAAUGCAGUGACAAAGACCGUGUUCCAGUUCCCAGUGAUUAAAAAGGAAUGUGACGAGCUUGCUAAUGAUAACGACGUGUUUACAAAUACUUCCGAGAAUGACCUCACCCUCGGGGCACUUUCAAAAGACAAUGACGUCAUCCCAGGGGCACUUUCGGGAGACGUCCACAGUUUGGAAACGAAAAAUGACUGCAUAGACAGCUUUGCAAAAACGAAGGAAACAAUAGUAAAAAAUGAUGAAGAUAUUGGUAUCAAGCAAAAAAAUCCGGAAGAAUGUCAGAAGAAAAGGCGAAAACGACGUAAUCUGGUAUCUCCAGAGGCAGAGGUGAAUGCAAAACGUUCUCAGGAAAAAAAAUCUGUUUCACUCAGUGCGCAAAUCGAGCCAGAUUUAAGAAAUCAGCUUGAGAGAGAAAGGAGGAACGACUUGAAUACUAAAUUCCAAAAGUUAAAGUCCUGCUUACCUGCCAUGGCAAACUGCAAGAAAGCUUCAAAGAUUGCAAUACUCCGAGAGGCAACAAACUUUACAACAUUCCUAAGAAAGCAGGAAGUUGAUUUGGAAAAGGAAAUUCAGACUCAAAAGGCAUUGAACACAUUACUCCUGCAAAAACUAGUAGACGUUAAUGCAGUGGCGAGGAGUUGAAGGCACAUCUGCUUGCUCUCCCAAUGUUAUGUUCAGCCAAGUCGCAUAAAAUAUUCUUGGCUAGUUCACAGAAUACUCACAAUUUAGCAAUCAAAGAUAAUGUCUGUGUCUCGUUAUUUUUUUUUUCUUUUAUUUGAAGGUUCCUUUUAGGAUUAGGUCCCUCAUAUGAGUAGGUCCCUUUGCACACUUUUGGUUUGGGUCCAUGACGUAGGGGCAUUUCGAACAGGGAACCCAAACGCGUCAGCGCAUGUAAAGUUGAAGGUCUUGGUUUAGAGGUCGUAGAAUUCAAGGUCUUCUGAUGACAGUUUAUUAGGGACCACAGCUGUUGAUGGAACAACAGCUGCAUGGAGAGUAUAGCUUAGAUGAAAAAUCAUUCUCAAGAUACAUUUAACCAUGACAAAAGGAUAUUUUAUCUAAAAUGUAAUGUGGCUUACGCACGUUUCGAAAACACAAUUGAAUAAUUUGUAGAAGGUUGUUUUCAUACAAUCUUUUUGUUGUUCAAAAGACAAUUAGCAACACAUUAUCUCAUACUCGUUAUUUAUAAUUUAUAGCAUAGAAUAAAUCGAAUAUCAUUAAGUACUGAAAUACAGGAUUAAAAGCCAACUCAAUUGUUACGUGGAACAGUUUUGAUAUGGAGUUUUAGUAUGGAGCUGGUCGUAGUGCUUCUAUUUUUUAUUCAGGUAAGCUGAGCACGUAACCAUAGAUAGAGAGGCACCAUCAUAUCCCAAUACCUUAGAGUGUGGUUAUAAACGCCAUAGAAAAGGCAGACGCAUAAGAAUUUCCUGGAGAGGUGUGUGUGCAGGUAUCGGAAUAAGCAAAAAGCUUAAUAUUUGAAGG